AUGGUGAUCACAUCGAUAUUCACCGGUGCCCACCAACCUAUUAGGUCGGUUAGCUUGCCUACAAGGGUGGAGCUCGAGUCAGAACCGUUGUUACAAAGCCUAAAAUCCUUUCAAGUUUCGUCUUGCAAGGCAAAAACAACACCGUUAGGGCUUGAGGAGAUUCAAGUUGCAUUGGUUGGACUAGCAGAGUUGUAUAACUCUGUUGGGAAGCUUGUUCAAUCUUCUUCCACCCAGCAGGCUCUUGUUCACUAUAAGGAAGGGAAGCUUGUGGAAGAGGCUUUAAAUGAAUCUGUUGUAUUGAUAGACUCUUGCAGCUCAGCAAGAGACAUAAUCCUUACGAUGAAACAAAUUAUACAAACCCUUCAAUCCGCUUUACGUCGAAAGUGUGCAAAUUCCAUUGUCGAAAGCCAUGUCCGUGCCUACUUCAGCUACCGAAGGAAGGUGAAGAAAGAGAUCGGAAGCUACAUCGGCGUGCUGAAGCGAAUGGAGAAUGAUAGAACAACAGACUUCUUUUUAUUAUGGGAUAUACAAAAUCAUGAUUUGUUGCCUGUAAUCAAACUGCUGAGAGAAGCAAGAAGCGUCAGCAUCUCUAUAUUUGGAGAGCUUCUAGCGUUCCUAUCGGCGCCGGUAGUGAAGGGUAAGGCUAGAGGGUGGUCAUUGGUGUCGCAAUUGAUGCCGGUGAUCAAGUCUGGAUCGGGGAAGGGACAGAAGACAGUAAAUGAGAUGGAGAAUGUGGAUAUUGCUCUCAAUUCUCUCCUUGGCCAAGGGAGAGAGGCUUGUGGGAAUGAUAACAAAGCUGAAGUUCAAAUUGCACAAAGAAGGAUUGGAACAUUGGCAUCAAGUUUUGAAGGAAUAGAGAGUGGAUUAGAUAGCAUGUUCAAAUGUUUAGUUAAACAUAGAGUGUGUUUUCUGAACAUGUUGGUUCAUUGA